GCCCACCCCGAGCUCCAGCGCUGCCGUCCCAGAGGCACAGGAGCUGCCAAGCCCAGAGGAUCCUCACUCUGCCCAGCCUUUGCUGCCAGGAUGGCUGAGGUGACCACUGCCCUCCCUGAGCCACACACGCUCCUGGACAAGUAUGGAGACUACCACAACUUGUCGGAGCUGUUCCACCUCCUGAACUACUCCUACACCUUCUGCGAGUUCAGCCUGGAUGAGAACGUCAAGCGAGUGGUCCUCUUCAUCCUCUACCUGGUCAUCUUCGUGGUGGGCUUGGUGGAGAACCUCCUUGUCAUCUGGGUCAACUGGCAGACACGUGGCAACAAGAGCUUGGUCAACCUCUACAUCAUCAACAUGGCCAUCGCUGACCUGGGAGUGCUGCUCUCGCUGCCCAUCUGGAUGCUGGAGGUGAUGUUGGAUUAUACCUGGCUCUGGGGGAGCUUCCUCUGCCGUUUCACACACUACUUCUACUUUGCCAACAUGUAUGCCAGCAUCUUCUUCCUCACCUGCCUCAGCGUGGACCGCUACGUGUCCCUCACCAGCUCCUCCCUCUUCUGGCGUAAGCACCAGCACCGCGCUCGCCGCAUCGUCUGUGCCAGCUGCUGGGUGCUGGCAUCUGCCAUCCCCUUCCUUGAGGUCACCCACAUGCAGCUGGUCAACACUGGGGAGCCCAUCUGCAUCUUCAUGGCUCCCUUUGAGACCUAUGAUGAGUGGGCGCUGGCGGUCAGCUUGGCCACCACCACCGUUGGCUUCCUCAUCCCUUUCCCCAUCAUCGCCGUUUGCAACGUGCUGACCGCCAGGUUCCUCAAACGCACCAAGCCAGACAGCAGGAAGCAUUGUCUGCUCAUCUAUGCCUAUGUGGCUGUGUUCCUCCUCAGCUGGCUGCCCUUCCAUGUCAUGCUCACCCUCCUCACCUUGGAUGGUAACCACAUCAUCCUCCACUGCCCCUUUGCCCACUUGCUCUACUUCUUCUACGACAUCAUCGACUGCUUCACCCUGCUCCACUGUGUGGUCAACCCCAUCCUCUACAACUUCCUCAGCAAAAGCUUCCGUAGCAAGCUCGUCUCAGCCGUGGUCAAGUACAUCCCCAAGGACCACAGCAGCCAGAAAGCUGGGGGCAAUUCCUCCUCCACCACUCAGCACUCCAUAGUCAUCACCAAGGACAACAACCCCCCCAAUUAAGCUUUGUUCAUGGACCUCAGGGCCAGAGCAGCCUCAAACAAAGCCUCCUACAGCCCCACACCACGAUCUGGAUUGCAAAACCCUGUGAGUUCUUCAGCUGGGUGUCUGUCUCCAAAGCCUUCAGCAUCCCUGAGGGGCAAGUGAACCAACCAAUUCAGCUGCAUAGCCCAGGCCUUGAAUUCCCAGUGCCUGCUGCUGGGCACCAGCUCAGCUGUGGUGACCCAUCCCACCAGCACAGCUCCAGCAGCAAGGCCACUGGCCAGUGCCCAACAGCAGCCAGUUGCCCCAACCCUAGAAUCAGAGAAUGGUGGGGUUGGGAGGGACCUUUAGAGCUCAUCCAGUCCAACCCCCCUGCAGAAGCAGGGUCACCUAGAUCAGGUCACACAGGAAUGUGUCCAGGUGGGUCUUGAAGAGCUCCAAGGAAGGAGACCCUCCAAGGAAUCCUGACCCAAGAAGGAAGCCUCACUGCUGGAGAAGAGCUGAAGCAGCUCCUGCAAAGCCCAGUGGCAUUUGCUCAGCUCCCAGACAACAGCUCUGAGCCAGAGAAGGUCUGGGGGUGAGUGAAACAGCACUGGCAGCAGAUAAAGGGUUUAUCAAGGAAACAUGAGCCCUGGGAUCAUCCCAAGCAGUUUCCACAAGGGCUCUGCCUGCAGAAGCUCCUGAGUCCAUUCCCUGGGUCAGGUCUCUUUUGGAGGAAGAGUCCUCACUGCCUGGUCAAGAAAACACAUGCCCUGGGAUCAUCCCAAGCAGUUUCCACGAGGGCUCUGCCUGCAGAAGCUCCUGAGUCCAUUCCCAGCGCAGAUCUCUUUUGGAGGAAGAGUCCUCACUGCCUGGACAAGAAAACACGAGCCCUGAGAUCAUCCCAAGCAGUUUCCACGAGGGCUCUGCCUGCAGAAACUCCUGAGUCCAUUCCCAGCUCAGGUCUCUUUUGAAGAGUCCUCACUGCCUGGACAAGAAAACACGAGCCCUGAAAUCAUCCCAAGCAGUUUCCACGAGGGCUCUGCCUGCAGAAACUCCUGAGUCCAUUCCCAGCUCAGGUCUCUUUUGAAGAGUCCUCACUGCCUGGACAAGAAAACAUGAGCCCUGGGAUCAUCCCAAGCAGUUUCCACGAGGGCUCUGCCUGCAGAAACUCCUGAGUCCAUUCCCUGGGUCAGAUCUCUUUUGGAGCAAGAGUCCUCACUGCCUGGACAAGAAAACACGAGCCCUGAGAUCAUCCCAAGCAGUUUCCACUAGAGCUCUACCUGCAGAAGCUCCUGAGUCCAUUCCCAGCUCAGAUCUCUUUUGGAGCAAGAGUCCUCACUGCCUGGACAAGAAAACAUGAGCCCUGGGAUCUUCCCAAUGAGUUUCCACGAGGGCUCUGCCUGCAGAAACUCCUGAGUCCAUUCCCAGCUCAGGUCUCUUUUGGAGCAAGAGUCCUCACUGCCUGGACAAGAAAACACGAGCCCUGGGAUCAUCCCAAGCAGUUUCCAUGAGGGCUCUGCCUGCAGAAACUCCUGAGUCCAUUCCCAGCUCAGGUCUCUUUUGAAGAGUCCUCACUGCCUGGACAAGAAAACAUGAGCCCUGGGAUCAUCCCAAGCAGUUUCCAUGAGGGCUCUGCCUGCAGAAACUCCUGAGUCCAUUCCCAGCUCAGGUCUCUUUUGGAGCAAGAGUCCUCACUGCCUGGUCAAGAAAACAUGAGCCCUGGGAUCAUCCCAAGCAGUUUCCAUGAGGGCUCUGCCUGCAGUAACUCCUGAGUCCAUUCCCUGGGUCAGAUCUCUUUUGGAGCAAAAGUCCUCACUGCCUGGACAAGAAAACACGAGCCCUGGGAUCAUCCCAAGCAGUUUCCAACAAGGGCUCUGCCUGCAGAAACUCCUGAGUCCAUUCCCAGCUCAGGUCUCUUUUGAAGAGUCCUCACUGCCUGGACAAGAAAACAUGAGCCCCGGGAUCAUCCCAAGCAGUUUCCACGAGGGCUCUGCCUGCAGAAGCUCCUGAGUCCAUUCCCAGCUCAGGUCUCUUUUGAAGAGUCCUCACUGCCUGGACAAGAAAACAUGAGCCCUGAGAUCUUCCCAAUGAGUUUCCACGAGGGCUCUGCCUGCAGAAACUCCUGAGUCCAUUCCCUGGGCAGGUCUCUUUUGAUGAGUCCUCACUGCCUGGUCUCUUGCCACAAAGCCAGCAGAGCAGGAGCAGGAUGCCAGCAAAGGCUGAGCUGCAUGUCCUGAAGGGAGCAGAAGCUCCAGCAUGCACCCUCUGGAAGCCCCAGGUUUUCCAAAGCAGGGAGACACAGGGGGGUCAACAUUUUCCAUUUUAUUAUUCUAAAUAAA